GUUGUAUGUGUGUGCGUGUGUGUGUGAUUGUAAAUAAACUUUUGUUCUGCUUUGUAACUGAGUGAUUACUACUUUUCAUUAUUGGGUAGUAAAAGGCACAGCGGUAAAAAAGCCGUUUACACAAAAUAUAUUUGGUAUUGGUUCUUGCUUUUGUAUUGCUACAAUAAUUAAUCAAAUUAUUCGGUUCAUCAUUAUCUGUUAAUUAGCGAACACUUGAACAACUUGUCUGAUGUUCUUGGCUGCAUCUGAAGAAUACUUCGAAGAAUGGCGCCCACUUAUAGCAGAAAUCGCACAUCAGCUAGACCAACGGAUACGUUUACAUUCCAUAUCGGGUUUACAUAGAGAUCUCGAACAGUUUUCAGACGUGAUGUCGCUAUUACGAUUACUUUACCUCGACAACAAAAGAAUGUGUAAGCACUUCGGUUCCUCUGUCAUUCGCAGAGUUUUCAUCCGACUGAUGGAGGUCCUUUUUCUACUGAGAAAUUACGGAUAUUCCGUAGAUAUCCAUGGGCCGUUUUCACGGCAUAUGGUUUCUAAAUACGGUCUUCCGCCUUCAAAUCAGUAUUAUAUUAUUGCUAGAAUCUGUGCACGGCACGACCCAGAUCACUUAAAAUUCUUGAUCGGUGACGUUGCCGAAGACGAUGAAGAGAGAACCAAUGCGUUGGUCCUCUCCGAUUGUCUGGACGCUAUGAUAAAGUGGAACCAUCAACUUAACACCAGCGAUAAGGAAAAAUUGUUUGGUGAGAUAGCUUAUCAACUCGAUAGUCGCAUUCUUAAACUCGUUACGGACAGGGUCCUGACAAAAUAUACUGCGUCGGUACAAGAUUUUCUCGAUAUUUUACUGCAGAACUGCAACUAUUUGAUAGAAAACAACACGUCCAAAAGCAUAAUGAGCAGACAACAAGUUCUCCGCAUUCUAAGACGUUUUCUUCGGGUAUUCCUCUAUUUGCAUAAGCAUGGAUACAUCUUUGAGGAACAUGCCACUUUCUCAAAGAACAUAAUUCAGCGCUUUGGUCGAAAAGGUGAUUCAAACUAUUGCUCUAUGCUGAAUUGGUGCACCGAAGAAGAUUCUACAAUAAUACGAAGCCUCCUCUUCGAUUUAGCCGAAAAUGAGAAUGAAGCACGCAACAUCAACGUUUUAUUUGACUGCCUGAAAUCACUCGCAGAAGUUUAUGAUUGUUUAGUUUUCAGCUACGGAUAAAUUUGCUCAGAGAAAUAUACAUUUUGGAAUGUUGCCAUUUGUCAGUGUGUAUGCAUGUCUGCUUUAAGCAUGCAUGUGUAUGCAUGAAUACAAAUAUGUAUGUAUAUGUUAAUAUAUUUGU